GAGCGGGCGUCUAUUACGGUCUCCUCCUUUUGCUGCUCUUCUUCUUCGUGGAUCGGUCGAUCGAUUGAUCGAGCUGAAACGUUGGGACGAAGGGAGGGCUGGCUCGCUGGCUCGCUGGCUAUAGCAGGGCCUGGUGCAAAUCGAUCGAUCUCGGUGCAACGCGGGCACGCGAGGCAGCGGUCUGUCUAUACAUCCUCGCGGGGCGAAGCUUUCUAGAGCGGGCGUCUAUUACGGUCUCCUCCUUUUGCUGCUCUUCUUCUUCGUGGAUCGGUCGAUCGAUUGAUCGAGCUGAAACGUUGGGACGAAGGGAGGGCUGGCUCGCUGGCUCGCUGGCUAUAGCAGGGCCUGGUGCAAAUCGAUCGAUCUCGGUGCAACGCGGGCACGCGAGGCAGCGGUCUGUCUAUACAUCCUCGCGGGGCGAAGCUUUCUAGAGCGGGCGUCUAUUACGCAAGUUAAAUACAUUGUCUCUGCCCCCUUAUCCUUAUGGCGCUUUCUCCUUCCGGUGAAGAGGGAUUGCUUCAUUCCGUAUCACGGAAGAAUCAGCGCCAUAAGGAUUCAGUCUUUCAUGCCGCGCCGCCGAAGGUUAAUCAGUUAACCGACAAUAUAUACGAACUUUACACCCCAGGAGCUACAUCACGGCUGCGGCUAGACGUUGUAUUCUUUCAUGGCCUACAAUUGGACAACACCUGUGAUGCUCACUUAUCAACAUGGACGUCAUCUGAUGCUCACUUAUCAACAUGGACGUCACGCGGUUCUAAGGAAGUAUGGCCGAUGAUCUGGCUCCAGGAAGAGUUUCCAGAAGCUCGUAUUCUCUGUGUCAAGUACGAUGCUCGUACCACUAGAUCAGCAGAGUAUGGAAGAUUAGAUCUCCACAACGCAGCCGAAAAUUUGACUGUAAGUCUUAUACAUGCUAACGUGGGUCAGCAUCCAAUUAUACUCGUCGGUCACUGUUACGGAGGCUUGUUGAUCAAACAAUUGUGCCUCCAAGCUCACAUGAGCGAAACCUUGAGGGGAAGAGAUCCUGAAUUUCUCAAAUGCGUCAAAGGAGUUUUCUUCUAUGGAACGCCCCAUCGCGGAUCGUCAUUUUUUGAGAAUGUACCAUUUUCCGAGAAUGUAGGAGUCUUGAGAGAUGCGAGCCCUCUACUCGACUUUGUGAAGGUGCUUUGCGCAGACUCAGCUCGCCUUCAUGAAAACUUUGAUUCGUUACGUUCGACUCACAAGUGGAGAAUUGCUGGAGUCGGAGAAUUGCUGGAGUCGGACAUUCUGAAGGAUGGGGAGAAGGUGAUGAUUGUACACGAAGCUUCAGCUCGGUACGGAACCGAGUUCACUAUGGAACUGGAGGAUCAUUUCUCUCUCUGCAUGCCCUGGAGCAGGAGCUCAAACACUUAUAUACGGUUGACAGAGUUCAUUCAACGUAUCCGUGAAGAUAUUUAUAGUUAUAAGGGGAUGCGAAAUCGUUCUGAUCUCCAGAUGGUGCCGAAAAUGGCAAUUAUCCUACUUCGGAAGUCUCUCCUCUUCGAAACCGUUCGAAACUUCUUAGGCGCAAAUCCAUUAGUAGGUCUUCACGGCAUGGGCGGUGUAGGGAAGACAACUCUCGCGAAGAUGUUAUUCAAUGAUUUGUGUGCGGAAUUUGAAUGUACUUGUUUCAUUCCAGGAUUUAGGCUGAGGGGAGAUUACAAGGAGAUGGAAGACAUUCUGUAUUCGUCGAUGUAUCACCAUGGUCAAAAGAUUGAACAAGGGAAACUGAUCCGGGAUAGGAUUGAUCCGACACAGACAAGACUUCUCCUAGUUUUGGAUGACAUUGAUGAUGUCCAUGUCGAAUUUCUCUGGGAGAUAUCUUCGAAGUUUGAUUGGGUAAACAGUCGUUUCAUUUUUACUUCUCAAAAUAAGGAAAUUUUGGAUAGAUGCAUUGUGAACUCGCGAGAUCAAGGUGGUGAAGCAUGCGUGUUUGACGUAGAUUGUUUGAGUCACGAGAAGUCAAAAGAGUUAUUUAUGAGCCACGCAUUUCCUUUUCCGACCGAACCGAGUCCGUCAGUGACAGAAUGGAUAGACAAGAUUGUUGCGAAAUGUGAAGGACUACCAUUGACCUUGGAGGUGAUGGGCAGUUAUUUGAAAAAAAAAGACGAUGAGUAUAUAUGGAUAGAUUGUCUAUUGGCUCUAGAUAAAGCAGAAAAUAUAGCCAAUUUUAGAGAACGGUUGUGGUUGAAAUUACAAGUAAGCUACGACCGUUUAAAUCCUAUGGAACAGGAAAUGUUCCUUGAUGCUGCGACUUUGUUCUGCAAUUCCACCUGGAACCUGCAAGAAGCUAAGACUUGUUGGAGUGUGCUCUAUGGCUUUGAACAUAUACGAUGGAAGACUCUGGUAGAUUUGUCUCUUGUCUAUGCUGUACGCGAAGAGGAUUGUAUACAGAUGCACGAGCAAAUGAGGUCUCUUGGAAUGAAAUUGGGAGGUAAUCGCAUACGAAGUAUCUUGACUAAAGAGAACUUAUCGAGUUCGUCCAUCACUCCUAUGAAUACUGAGGAGGUCAUAGCGCUACGACUUGGAGGUUGCAUGCCCCUCGACGCGAGUCAUAUUUUCCAGAUGAAGAAGCUGCGAUAUUUGGAUGUCGAGGAGGAGUUGAUGUGUGGUGAGGACGACGUCAUAUUUCCAUCGAGCGUGAUCCUUCUUCGAGUGAGAGGAGAAGUGAACAUUCUUCGACUGAGAGGAGAAGUGAACAUUCAUGAUGACCUGGUUCCUGACUGUUCAUUUCUAUGUUCACUUCUAUGUUCACUUCACUUCACCGAUGGAAACGUACAUCUUCCGGGCUGUUUGGUUGCUUUGGACUUGAAGGCACCAUUGACAUAUUUGCCAAGAACCGUCACCGAGAACCGAGACCUUCAAGUUUUGAAAUUCGAAGACUGCCUCUUCGAACGUCUUCCCAAGACGUUCGUAGAAUUUCGCAGGCUUCGUCAUCUAACAUUUAGCAGUUGCAAGGAACUGCGUUCACUCCCCGAAGAUUUCGGACGGUUCUCAGAGCUGCGUUCUUUGGAACUUCAUCAUUGUUAUAAGUUUGAAGCAUUGCCGGACUCGUUUGAGAACCUCCACAGCCUGAAGAAUUUGAUGAUGGUGUCACUACACAAUCUUCAAAAAUUGCCCGAGAAUUUUGGAGCUCUGUCCAAGCUAGAAAGUUUGAAAAUAUCAGAUGCGCAUACUAUCUAUAGAUUGCCUUACAGCUUUGGCAGGCUCACUCAGCUGCGAGACCUGUAUCUUGAUAAUAUGUCUAACCUCCUAGCCUUGCCAUCUUCCUUUGGGAAGCUUUCGCAGCUGAGGCGUUUGUCAAUGGUGGGUUGCAUGAUGAAAUACAUGUUGCCGCAAUGUUUUGGAAAUCUGCUCAACCUGACCAUCUUGGACAUCCGCGACUGUCGCAGCCGUAUGGUCUAUCCAGGCUCCAUCCAUGUUAUUCGAAGACUUCCAAAACUAAGGUAUCUGAUAGUCGAAACUAAUUAUCCAAGAAGUAAGUCCGAGGAGACUAGCUAUCUGUCAGAGAGUCACUUUCGGGAGUUGUGGCUCAGUGAUAGUCGCCAGUACUAUUCACAUGUUCGCACGUUCACUAAUUCUGUCACCCUCAGUGAUAGAUCUGAUCUAUCUGAUCUGAUAGAUUUCUGAUAGAUUAUCAUCUAUCAGAAAGUGAGUUGCUGAAGUUGUAUUCAAAAGCUGAGGCUGCAACCCAUACUUUUCCUAUACCUGCUGAAUUGCAGAAUUAUAUCAACAACAUAUCAUCAUCAAAUGUGAAGGUCCAAAUGAUGUUUAAAUCAAAAAGUGAAGCCUGUUUCAUUU